AUGGAACUCUGCAAGAACAAAAAAGGGGGGAAAAAGCAAGCCUGUCAACAUGAGUGUAGGGCAAGCCUGGAUAAAGGAAAAGCAAAAAGUAGCCUGCCUGGGGACCGGGGUACAGUGAUGGAGCGAAGGGCGACUUGGUGGAGAACAGAGCUGAGGGCAAGACGAGGAAGGGUGAAGAUAAAGCGGCGUGUGUGGCACGCUAAUCUGGAACAAGAUGAUCCGGGUCGUCAUGCGAUGGUUACAUACCUCAAUUCUUUGACCUUCACCUUGACUAUCUUCAAAUCCACCACAAUCGCGGAUUGUCCCAAUCCUCAGCCCAUCGGUGCCACUAAGGAAAAACAAGACGACAUGCCAUUAACCUCUCUGCCGCUCGAACUCCUUGAAAACAUCUCCCAAUUAACCUGA